GCUCGUUCCGUGUUUAUUCAGGCUUAUCUCUUUGGCGGUUCUUUUGACAUUGUGUUGCCAUGGCUUCAUCUAGUAUUUUAGUUGAGACGGGUUCUGUGCUGCUGGUUCGCUCUCAAAACAGACCUUAUAUCGAUUCAUUGCUGUUUGAUUAUUUUCCGAACCAAUAUGUCCCUCAAAGUGGGAAAUCGUUGGUUGAAGUUUGCCAGCCAUCUUCCUGUGAAUGCUCCGAAUUUCUUCACCAAAAGUUAAUGCAAUGCGUUCUUCCAAAAACAUUUAGUGGGUUUCACUUGAAUGGUUACAAUACACAUUGUCUUUUUAUUGACUGUGGGGGUCGGUUUUGUGCAUCAAAGUUUGGAGAGUUUGUUCGCAGACAUUUACAAGACGAAAUACCUGCUUUGAAAUUUGAGUACAACCAGUAUGAAGUGUUUUUAGAAGAAAUGUUGUCUAGGGUUCAUAUUAUUCGUGUAUUUACAGAUUGUGAACUCCUUUUGGCUUUUUCUUACUCACGAGAAGUUAUCAAACAGCAUCCAGUUUCUUGUCUUAUGAUUAGUGCGAUAAAUGCUUUUACAUAUUUGGAACGUUUACGCUACAAUUCGUGGAAGAGUCUUGUCAGUCAGCACUCAAUCUUGAUGGGUAUUUUGCUCCGCGUGAUUGCCGACUUUCAGCUUCUCUGUAUUAUCACCAUGAAGUACACCCCUGAUAUUCAUGUUUUAAAUGAUUCUUUGAGUACUGAUACUGAGAUGUUUCACUCGAAUAACUCACUAAGCUCCGAAACAAGGAACGAUCAUUGGUCGAAAUAUGUAACUCAUAAAAUCGAAUUAAUUGACUGUGAGCAUUCCUUCGUAUCAUAUAUCAAACAUGAAUCUAGUAUGAAAGUGAUAAAAGACACAAGAGUUUCUUAGUUAAUGGUUAUUUUUGUAAAAUAAAAAGAUUUGUUUUCCUACUCCUCUUGGUUUACUAAUGUAAUGGAUGCUAAAUUUUCACUCCAUAGUUGAAAACAAACUAUCCAUAUCUGUAACAAAAUGGUGAUAAAAGUCAGGUCUUGCUACUGCCAGAUCUUUAAACAUUAUAUAUAUAUAUUGCUCUCUGUUAUUAACCACAGCUAAGUAUAUUAUUUUUUACUGACCACAUAUUAUCCAGAUAGAGUUAAUGAUUACUACUCUGACACAUUACUCGCUUAUGAUUUUUUCCUUCAUGUGAAGCUCAGUGCAGAAUUAUGAAUUAACCUCAUUUUACAAAACCUGGUACAUCCGAAAGUGGGGCGAGUCAGCUGUCCCUCUCGGAAUGCUCUCACAUGGCUACGCGUAUACAGUCACUGCCAGGGAAGUCCUACUUACUGCCUUCUAGUGGCGAGGGUGUUGUUUACGAAAUUGAGAGGACGAAAAGCGAGUGUUGGGCGCUCUAACCGGGUUGAUGGACACGGAGAGUCCACCUAAGGAAGCCUGAAAACCCUGAUUCCAAACCAAUGGUUCGCAUGGGCCCCAGGAUCCUGAAGGAACAAAUGGCGUAU